AUGAAGGACCUGUUAGUGUUUAUCGUCUGCCUACUGGUGUUGCCAUCGACCACCAUUACCUUCGUCCACAAGAAAACUCCCGACCAAAGCAACCUCACCGUGGGGAACUUUGUCGACUUCACGCGAUGGCUUGGUAUCGAUUAUGGCGAACCAAAGCUCCGCAAACGCUACGACUACGUCAUAGUCGGCGCAGGACCGGCUGGCAGCGUCCUAGCGGCGCGUCUUUCCGAAGAUCCGAACGUCUCGGUGCUGCUGCUGGAAGCUGGCCGUGCGGAAAUACCAUUAGUGACCACCAUUCCACUGAGUGCCCCGAACCUGCAGGCUACCGACUACAAUUUUGCGUACGAAACCGAAACCCAGACACGCGCCUGCCUUGGUCUGUGGGACCGGAAGUGCAGUUGGCCACAUGGCCGUGGCGUCGGUGGAUCGUCGAUUAUCAACUACAUGAUCUACACGCGGGGCAACCGGCGGGACUACGACGCCUGGGCCGCCGCCGGCAAUCCGGGCUGGAGCUGGGAGGACAUGCUGCCGUACCACAUCCGAGCGGAGCGGGCAAACCUGCGCGACUUCGGCGGCAAUGGAUUCCACGGCCGCCAAGGCCCGCUUUCCGUCGAGGAUUGUCCCUUCAGAUCCCGAAUAGCUACUGCAUUUGUCGAAAGCGCUCAACAGGCUGGCUUCCGGUAUCUGGACUACAACGCUGGCGAUCAGAUCGGUGUGUCAUUCCUGCAGGCGAACACCCUCCAGGGACGUCGUGUGACGAGCGGCAACGCCUACCUCGUUCCCGUACGCAACCGACCCAACCUGCACAUCCUCACCCGGGCGUGGGUGACGCGGGUUUUGAUAAGCCAAGCCACGAAGGAAGCGACCGGUGUGGUGUUCGUACGCAACGGUAAAACACACACGGUGAAGGCCCGGAAGGAAGUGAUCCUUUCAGCUGGUGCUUUCGAGAGCGCCAAGUUGCUUAUGCUGUCGGGAGUUGGGCCUGCGGAUCAUCUGCGAUCAUUUGGCAUUCCGGUGGUACAGGAUCUACCGGUUGGUGAGCAACUGUACGAGCAUCCGGGAGUAUUCGGUCCGGUGUUCCUCGUACGACAACCCAUCGAUGGCUACACCAACCUGGAUGAGAACCUCACCCUCGGUAACAUCCUACAGUACCUCAAGGGUCGUGGCGUCUUCACGACGAACUCAGUGGAGAGUUUGAUGUACGUAAAGUCUCCGGUUGCGGCCAGUCCGGACCCGGGACUCCCCGACGUCGAGAUCAUGCAAGCGUUCACCUCAAUCGCCUUCGAUACGGGUUACGGUACGGCACGCUCCUUCCGGUUAACGAAUGCCACAUACGACGGCUACUUCCGGCCAAUCGAAAACGUCCGCUCGUUCCAGUACCUGCCGAUGCUGCUGAAGCCGUACACGCGAGGAACACUGCGCCUAAAGUCCACCAAUCCAUUCCACCAUCCCGUGUUCCACUACCAGUACUUCGAGGACGACCGUGACCUGGAGGCGUUGGUGUACGGAAUGGAGGAAGCGAUCCGCGUUACCUCCCAGGAACCGUUCCGCAAGCUCGGGGUCGAGCUGUACCGAAAGCAUCUACCCGGCUGCGAACAAUAUCCGUUCGGAACGCACCGAUACUGGCGUUGCCACGUGAUGACCCUAACGGCGACGUUCCACCAUCAGGUUGCCACCUGCAAGAUGGGACCCCCGACCGAUCCGGAGGCGAUCGUCGACCACCAGCUCCGGGUGUAUGGCGUUGGACGGCUACGGGUCGCCGACAUCGGCGUUGUCCCGUUCCCUCCGACGGCUCACACAGCGGCCAUAGCAUUCGCGAUCGGUGAGAAGGCUGCCGAUCUGGUACGGGAGGCUGCCGCAAUGGGACACUAUACCAGCAGGUCGAAAGACCAACGCGUCACCGCCGAACCGUCGGCAGAUAAAUCCUUCCUCUGGUCUCCCUUCGACUGGCCCUUUAAAUGA